AUGCUCGUAUCACAGCUGGACAGGUUGUCCGUAGCUGAUGGCUCGGGUAUCAUACCAGCUGACAAGAUCUGGCCGCAAACCAUUGUCGGAGACGUUCGUGCAACGCAAUUGACCGGCUCAGCGGCAGUGUCCAGAUCGAGGCCGAGAGAUGACCUCCUCGAAGUCGUCUCCACAUCCGACCGUGGCCUUGCUGUCUUCUCGACUCGCAAAAUCAAAGCCGGGACGCUUGUGCUGGCCGAGCGACCCCUGAUCUCGCUGGACAAGGACGAGGAGAACGACGCCAGCGCGAUCGAGCGCGAAUUCUCCAAACUCUCUCGCACCGAACAAAAGAUCUACCUGCGCCUCUUCGAUGCACAGAAGUCGCGCAUGUCUCGCGUUGUCUCGAUCUACUACAGCAACUGCUACAACUGCGGGGGUUUCCGACCCAGCCAAGGCGGCUCCGCGAUCGGUGUAUUGUCGAGUCGUUUCAAUCACAGCUGUGUUCCCAACCUGCAAUUCUCCUACGACGAGGGCAGCAACGAGAUGAGGUUUUACGCCAUUCGGGAUAUCUCCAGGGGAAAGGAGAUGUGCAGUAACUAUGACAAGUCGGUCUUUGAGGUCACGACGAAGCGGCAGAGAAAGCAACAAAUGUACUAUGGCUUCGUGUGUCGCUGCGAGGCGUGUGAGCCGAAGAACGAGUUCUGGGCCAGGAGCGAUGAGCGGAGGAUGGGCAUGUACGACGCCAUUCGAGCUGUACAGCGGUGCGAGAAGAAUCUGUCUGCGGGGAGCGACACAGUCAUCGGUGAGGAAGAGCAAGCAGGACGGGUUGAACUAGCGGAAGAGGCUUUAAGGUCCUUGGCGAGGCUGGAGGGGCUGUUGCUGAAAGAAGGCCUCGUGGGAGCGCCCUUGGCGAACACUUACCGGAGCAUGGCGAAGUGGGCCGAGAGGAAAGGCGACAGAGGAGGUGACGAGGCUGUCACAUGGAGGAUAAAGGAGCUCGGGGUAUGCAUUACUGCUUUCGGAGAAGAUGCUCAGCGGACCAAGGACAUUGAGGCCCAGCUGGACGCACAACAAACUAGCACGCGUUUGAUGUGA